AUGAAUUUGUGCGCCAGUGCUUCUAUACUCAGUCCCAAAAUGUCGCAUUCUGAACGCCUUAGGAGCAAAAGUCCUCGUUCUCGAGAGGAAUCCAGAGUCGAUUUUCCGAAAGCGCCCACACAAAAAUCAAUAUCACAUCCUGAAGUUUCCGAAACCAGCCCUCGCCCCAAAGUGAGCUCGAUAGGUAAAUUAUCGGGCUCUAUAUCUCAUCCACGGUACACACCCAGUAUUUCUAAUAUAAUUCAUAUCACUCCACGAGCGUCUAAUGUUCGAAAAGAAGUAGAGAACUAUAAUGCAAAUGAACGACUGUCACCUACAUUUGAUAUCGAAAAAACUGUUUCGAAUCCAAAUUCACCGCCUGCCCCUGAGAGUUUGCUGGCUAAAGCUGAUGCUAAUAAAGCCGAUAAGGAUAUACGCAACGCAGCAAGUGCCCCGGUUUCAGCUCUACCCACAUUUGAUUAUGCCAAAAAAGACAGAAUACAAGGGCAUUCAUUUGACUUCAAAAUUCCGAGUUAUCACAAGAAAGGGGCGAUCACGGUAAACCUUAAUAGUCGAAAUUUGAAUAAUGGCAGGCGCAGCUCGUUAGAUUCGCUGAUGAAUGCAGUUCAAACGGUUUCGGAUGAUCAAUUGGCACCCUUGAGGAAUUCCAUCAUCGAUAAAAAUAACGCUUAUCAAACUAAAAUGGCACGUUUAAUUGAAAUUAAGAACAAAACCUCCAAUUUGAUUAAAAGUUGGCCACUAACUCAAGCUGGGCAAGGCCUUCAUCACCAUGAAUCCAUUGCAUGUCUACUCGAUGAUGUCUCAUUAGAGAGUGUAAAAUCCUUAUCUGAGCUGUCAGAGUUACAAGCUUUAAUCACAAAAGAAAUACUGGUUUUGAAGAAAGAAAGAGACGUUGAUAUUCUUGGCAGACGUUCAUCUCUGGGCAGCGGAAGCUGGUCAACCUCCGAGGCUAGCAGUCAUACAAAAGCAUUUUAUCCCACAACAGCAGCGGUUCCAAAUCCCACUGGUACACUACAAACUUUUGGGACAUACAAAUUCCCAAGAAUUGGUGGAAGCGAGAGUUCUGGUUCUCAAACAAUUUUGCCACCGAUUUCUGUGAACUUGAUGACACAAAAGGAUAGCGGAGGAGGAGUAGGCGGCGGAAACGAUUAUGGAUUAGGCUUGCGAGCGCCUAUCCAAACGCAUAGAGCUGCAUUUUCAGACAGUAUGAUCCAAUUAAUGCAAGCAGCAGCAACAAGUAACGUGACAAGGAAAUCUUCAACACCUCAAAUUGGGAGAAUUGAGAAAUCAAGACAAACGCAUUCAAUGGCCAUGACGCCAGGUGUUUCGGCAAAAAAGUCUGUAGAAAAGCCUCUUAGCGACAGUUCACGUAAAAAUUCUUAUGGCACCAUGGAGUGUGUACAUUGUACACGGAAAGAUACUCCUGAAUGGCGUAGGGGUCCCUAUGGGAAUCGUACAGUAUGUAAUGCUUGUGGGCUGUUUUACGGCAAACUUAUAAGAAAGUUUGGAGUGCAAAAGGCAAACAUUAUCAUGCAUUACAGGAAAAGUACGUUACCGGAGGAUAGACGAGUUCCGUCAACUUUUUUCGUGCCUGAAUCGUUUAUUCGAGAGCUGCAAACGCAAACGCAACAGCAUUUGAAUGCAGAUUUCAGCGUGGCGCGAUGA